UGUCAUUUUGCAGGGACCAAUGGAGCUCCGGGAAGCAAGGGAGACAGUGGGGCCCCCGGUCCUCCAGGGCCACAGGGGCAGCCUGGGGAGAAGGGUUCUGGACCUUCAGAUAUGGUGCGGAUCAUCGGAGGGAAUCGAGGUCGGGUGGAACUGAAACGCAACGAGGAGUGGGGAACGAUCUGUGACGAUGAAUGGGAUAUGAAUGAUGGAAAAGUCAUCUGCCGGAUGAUGGGCUUCUCCCGCGCCGUGGGAACGUACACCGCCGGGGGAGGCGUUGGUAAGAUUUGGUUGGAUGAUGUGAAAUGCACCGGAAAUGAGUUGUCUAUUGUGGCGUGCCCGAAAUCUGACUGGGAGAAGCACAAUUGUAACCACGGCGAGGACGCUGGCGUGGAGUGCGCAUAGUUUGCCAUCAGUGGAGGGGGGGAGGGGUCUGACUUCUUCCAGGACACGAGCAGUCCAAUCAGAUCAUCGCACUGCCGUCAUUACAAGAGACUCUGGAAAACGUAUUGCAGGGAAUUUCUUUCUGGUUGCGGAUGGCGGGGCGACGGCUCAGAACUCCGGUCCGGGUUUUUAUUGCUCCCCCGGACUCCGUUAAUCAGAAACAAGUCUAAGAAUUCCAGAAUUGUAUCAACAGAAAUAACAGAAUAAUAUACUGUAUAUAAAGGCAUCAAAUGUCA